AUGCCGCUGGUGCCCCGCCUACCCUCCGUCGCGCUGCCCUUUCUGUGUGCAUGGCUCAUAGCCCUUUCUGCGGGCAUGGUUUAUGCGCUUGUGCUGGGCAGAUUCGGAUCGCUUCCUCUAGUUCGGGUGGCUGAGCAUGGGCAUCCUGCAAGUUGGGUGGGCGUUUAUGCGCAGGCCAAGUCAAAUCUCAGAGAUGACAGGGUGCUUGCGACUUUGAAGGUUCGUGGUCUCAUACCUGUCAAGGUAAACGGAACGAUUACCAAUAUACCUGUUCUUUCAGCGGUAUUAGUUCAUAAGCAGUUUGGUGUUUCGACACCCCUAUUGGCGUUGUCUUUGCUCGCAGGUGAUAAUCAACGGCGCCUCGGAGGUGGACAUCCAGCACCAAGGCGCCUAACAGAACUUCGUCAUGCAGCCCGAGCGAGUGUUCAUCAUGUAGUGUACGGCUCUGGUGAAACCGCUCAAUUUUACAAGCCAAGCGGUUCCUUGUGGUACGCGACGCUCCCCAGCGCGGAGGCGGCCGCGUGGGCGAAUCGCAGUGCCGGGCCCACAACCUGCAUUAGUUUCGACGUGGUCGACGCUAAUCGAACUUCCGUGGCCAGCAUCACAGAUUGUCACCGUCCGUUCUUGUUGCCGAUGCCGAACAAACCGUACGAUAUCACGUUUUGCUAUGCGACGCCCCCGUCGAGACUUGCGGUCCACCAGCUGCCGCAGUCGUUUGUCUAUCACCUCGGCUUUGGCGCUUCCCAGAUGGUCGUGUAUCUUCGUCGGAGUGGACGGAGCCAUCUGAUGAGAUUGCUCUCCUCCUUUGUGAGUCGCGGGCUUGUUACCAUCUUGUUGGUCGAUGAUGACGCACAGAGUACCGAUAUUGUUUAUGAUUUGCGGGUCGUCGGAUUUGAAACUCCAUGUGGUCAUUUUUAUCAGCGCAUGCAACAACAAGUGUUCAUCAAUGACUGUUUGAACAGAUUCAAAGGGAUGAGCGAGUUCGUCGUCUCAUUGGAUUUCGACGAGUAUUUGAUACCAUAUUCGGACAUCCCUUCUCGAAUGUACGGCAUUGCACAAGCUUCGUUCGCCAAUUGCACAGAGGCCGACUUUGAAUAUUAUCUUUGGACAAUGUGGAAGAAGCCGGGAAGUGAAAGGCAGCUCUUGAUAGAAGCCCAGUUGCGCGAGAAUCAUACCCAUGUGGGGGGGAUACCCGGGGGGCUCAGAAAACCGAUCAUGCGGCCUGAGCGAGUGGUGAACGGUUGGGUGCACUAUCCUCUACAUUGCGGGACUCCACCACACAUGAGGGCAUGUACAACUUGUGCGAAGCCGCACACGGGGCCGGGCGCCAUCGCCACGUUCGCGCAUAUUAGAUUGCGGCCGGACGUGCCUGGGAGUAGCCUAGUGAGGGAUCAUUUCUUCGACGUGCAGGUGGACGACGUCAGGGCCGAGCUGUGCGCGCUCAUGAGGGAAUCUGAUAUGGGUUGCAGCCCGACGGAUUGGUCUCCUGCGUAG